UCUCACACUUGGCUACAAUGUUCAUGACAACUAUUUGAGCACAAUUGGUACUUCAGAUGCCUUGCUGGACAUGCUCUCUACUGGAGAAGCCAAUGUUCCCAACUACAGCUGUGGAAGGAAGGACAAUCUUUUGGCUCUUCUUGAUGGAGCUAAGAGGGACAUCUCCAGCCAGAUGUCAACAUUAAUAGGCACCUACAAAGUCUCUCAGAUCAAUUGUGCAUUUGGUUCAGAAGCUCUGAAGGAAAAAAGUCAAUUCCCCUUUCACCAUCAGCUUUUACCCAAAAAAGGGUUCUUCUACCAAAGAACUAUCCAAGUGCUCCUGCAUUUCAGAUGGACCUUGAUUGGUCUCUUUGCUUCAGACACAGAGGAGGGAGAGCAUUUCAUGAGGACAUUGACUCCUACGCUUGUCAGGAAUGGAAUUUGUAUUGUUAUAUCUCAACAAUUCUCAACAACUGGAAAUACAGCACCCAUCAGGGAGGCCAUCUCUAAGUGGAGACAAGUCAAUGUCUAUGUUCACUUCAUAGAAUUUGUUUCCCUUUUGGACAGAAUUCUUCCUUUCCAUUUAACACUUGGGCAUUUGCCAGGACCUGUUGAAGGGAAAAUCUGGAUCAUGGCAACUUAUGUGGAUUGCCCAAUUAAAAGUAGUAAAAUUCUCAGAUUUGUCCAUAGUAUUUGGAACUUUGCUUUACAGGUUAGAAAAAGGCGAAAAGAUUAUGGCUUUGAAUCAGGUCUCUUUCUGGAACGCAGAUAUGAAGAUAAGUCCUUUCGCUGUUCUUUUUCCAAGCACAUCUUUUCUGUCAAAGGACGAAGAAGAUGUACCCAGAAAUCACCACUGGAGACCCAAAAGAAAAGGAACAGUAUCUGGAUGCAGAAUGACUCCUAUAUUUACAGUUUCAUUUUGACUCUGGCCCAUGCCUUGAAUGCAGCAUAUUUAUCUGUAUCACAGAGGAGAAGAAAGGAGAGUAAAAAUAUAUUUGGGGCACCAAGGCUACAACCAUGGCAGUUCCAUCCCUUUCUGGCUAAGAAUGAGUUUUGGAAUUUUUCUCGAGACAAACUGUACUUGAAACCAAAUGGAGAUGUAGAAGGAGAUCUGAUGAUCAGGAUCUGCAGGGCUUCUGCAAAGGAUAAUUCUGUACUUGAAAAAGUGGAGAAUUUUGAUAGACAGAUACUUAUUAACAACCAAGAUGCUCUUUCACAGCUAAAAUUGCUCAGGAAGUCUCUGCCUGAAUCCAAAUGUGGAGAAAAUUGUUAUCCUGGAUUUGUCAAACGGGUUCGAGAAGGAGAGCCAGUAUGCUGCUAUGACUGUGUUCCUUGUCCGGAAGGGACUAUCUCCACUCAGGAAGGUGGUUGACCAAAAAA